UCUGUUGAGGCAAUCCUGCUGCCUGCCGUGCACUGUUCGUGCACCAAUAGGCACCUCCUCCUUCUUCUGUCCUGCAGUGGUGGAACGAUAUUCUCAAGCAUGACACAAUUUCCAGGAUUUGCUCUCCGGUUAAGGUUCCAAAUGCACCAGUUUUUGACUGAGAUGUUCUGAGUUAAAGUUCACAUCUUGACAAAGGUUUUUCUGGGAAUUACUCACCUGACAACCCACAAUGGCUUCCAAUAUAGUCGUGGAGCAGCAGUUUUCUCACAAAUUCACAGUGACGGUGGCUCGAGCCGAGAACGUCACGAAGGGAGCGCUGGGAGACCUGUUGGACACCCCAGAUCCAUAUGUGGAGCUGUUCAUCCCAACAGCCCCAGAGAGCAGAAAGAGGACCAAGCACAUAGACAAUGACAUCAACCCAAAAUGGAACGAGACCUUUACCUUCAUUUUAGACCCCAACCAGCAGAACGUCCUGAAGUUAACAUUAAUGGACGCCAACUAUGUAAUGGAUGAGACGCUUGGGACUGCGACCUAUGACAUCACCAAGCUCAGCGUAGGCCAGAAAAAGAUGGAGCCUUUCCUCAUUGGCAAAGUUACCAAAGUUUACUUAGAGAUGUCACUGGAGAUCUGUAACAAACUGGACCUGCGGUUCAGUCUGGACCUGUGCGACAAAGAGAAGCAGUUCAGACAGACCCGCAGAGAGAGAGUGAUGCUGGCAAUCAAGAAGCUGCUUGACAUGGAGAAGCCUUGUUUCCUCCCCAGCUCUCCAGAUGAGGUGCCGGUGAUAGCCAUAGCGGGCUCAGGAGGCGGUUUCCGUGCCAUGGUUGGCUUCUCAGGUGUGAUGAAAGCCCUGUAUGAGUCAGGGGUCCUAGAUUGUGCAACAUAUGUUGCUGGACUCUCCGGAUCUACAUGGUACAUGUCCAUUCUCUAUUCCCAUCCAGAGUUUCCAAAUAUGGGACUAAAGGACAUCAAUGCAGAGCUGAUGAAGAGAGUUAGCAGUAAUCCACUGAAGCUGUUGCUGCCUCAACACAUCACCAACUACAUCCAGGCCCUCUGGACCAAAAAGGCUUCAGGGCAGCCUGUUACCUUUACAGAUAUCUUUGGUAUGCUCAUAGGAGAGACCCUUGUACCUGCGAGGAUGGACAUCAAACUGAGCGGCAUCCAGGAGAAAAUAAACCAGGCCCAGAGUCCUCUUCCUCUCUUCACAUGUCUGCAUGUCAAGCCAGAUGUUUCAGAGCUCAUGUUUGCAGACUGGGUGGAGUUCAGCCCAUAUGAAAUUGGGAUGGCGAAGUACGGCACCUUCAUGACCCCGGACUUGUUUGGAAGCAAGUUCUUCAUGGGAACCGUUGUUAAGAAGUACGAGGAGAACCCUCUUCAUUUUCUGAUGGGUGUGUGGGGCAGCGCCUUCUCCAUUCUGUUCAACAGAGUGCUGGGAGUCAAAGACACCGUUGGGGGCAGCACCAUGGAGGAGGAGUUAGAGCAGAUCAAACCACAGCACAUUGUCGGAGAAGACAGCAUGGACAAUGAAGACGAGCCACGUAAAGGUGGGACAGAGAACCAGAAAGCAGAAGAUGAAUACUAUCGCUCUGCUCAGGCUAGCUGGGUUCAACGAAUGUUCACAUCCCUCUUCAGUGACUCAUCCUUAUUCAACACAAGGGAGGGCCGGGCCGGGAAGGUGCAUAAUUUCAUGCUGGGCCUGAACCUGAACACCAGCUUCCCGUUCUCUCCGGGCAAUGAGAUCCUGUGCAACGCCACCACACCUGAAGACGAGGUGGACGCCGUCACAGACCCAGAUGAGUUCAAUCGUAUCUACGAGCCUCUAGAUGUGAAGAGCAAGAAGAUUCAUGUGGUGGACAGUGGCCUGACCUACAACCUUCCCUACCCUCUCAUUCUGCGGACGCAGCGCGGAGUCAACCUCAUCAUCUCCUUUGACUUUUCUGCACGACCGAGCGACUCCAGCCCCCCAUUUAAGGAGCUCCUAUUAGCAGAAAAGUGGGCUCGAAUGAACAAGCUGCCGUUCCCCAAAAUCGACCCCAAAGUCUUUGACCGCGAGGGCCUGAAGGAAUGCUACGUCUUCAAACCAGAAAAAGGCAAAAAGAACUGCCCAACUAUCAUCCACUUUGUCCUGGUCAACAUCAACUUCAGGACGUUCAAGGCACCUGGUGUUCCCAGAGUGACAGAGUUGGAGAAGGAAUUUGCUGAUUUUGACAUCUUUGACGAUCCUGAGUCACCGUUCUCCACUUUUAACUUCCAGUACUCCAAUGAGGCCUUCACCCGACUCCACGACCUCAUGGAGUUCAACACUCUCAACAACCUGGAGGUGAUUAAAGAAGCCAUCAAGGAAUGCAUCGCGUCCCGAAAGGAGAAUCCCACAUGCCUCCCCCGUCCCUUCUCCCUCAGCGCGAUCCCGAACAAGAGGUUUCUCAAUAGAGACUCUCGGGCAAAACCCAGGAACCUUUUGGGAAAGGACAACAAGUAGCCUGAUCUAAGACUUUGGAUAUAGCGAACUUUCAUUCUUAAAGAAAAGGGUUUUCUUUUUGGAAAAUGCUAUCAUGGUGAUCUCUUUUCUGUACACUUUAAAUCAAACUCUUAAUUUUGUAAAGAACCAUAGUGUUUACUGAUUAAAGCCUUAUGAUUGCAUUCAUAUACAACAACACAGUGAGAAUUUUCAUCUGGCUUUAUUUGCAAAAAUGUGACUUCUGAGGAAACUGUUGCUGUAUGUUGACCACAAACAGCUGGAUUUUCCUGCUGGCAGUGAGAAAAGACUGGAUGUUGAGAAUCAACACUUACUAAACACUGCAGAGUGACGUCUGGCUCCAUCACAAACAACUGGAGAGUGGCUCCUUAGUUCUUCAUAAGUGAAAGAAAUGUCCACUUCAGAUCUAUGUGUUCAUUCACUUCACUGAAAAGCAUCAUGUGAAUUUUCUACUCCAGUUGCAACAUUCCCAGUUCAUAUGGACGACGCCUCUUGGUUUUCAUGCUGCCGAGAGCAAAGCUGCAUUUGCAUCUGUACUCUGACUCAGCCAUGUCUAAAUGUAGCUGUGUGAAUGCACAGUAGGAAGCCUGAACCUGUAACUGUUUGUCAGUUGAACUAUUUCCAUAUUGAAUACACAAAAUGCAAAUCCCCAUGUUUUCUUUUUUUGUUCACUGGGUGGCUCGUCCAAACAUGUAACACUUUUUUAAAACAUGGAAGAGGAGUUCGUAACCAUUGGUUUUGUUUGAUGGCAACUCCUAAGCACGCCAAGUGCACCCCCUCUGGAUACCUCAAACAUCUCAAUGAUGCUUCCCCACCUACAGGGAAGGAGCACUCCCUGCUUCCUGCUAGGGAGUGUCUCAUAUUAAAGCCACCAUUUUGUAUAAACAAAACCUGAUGCCAUAGAAACGGCCCCACUCAUUCUCUCCCCCUCUCUUUUUUUCCAUCUCUAGGUGUGUUUAUUUUCCUGAUCAUGUUGUUUCAGGCUGCGUUUUAGCCACAGGCACAGUUUUUUCAGGAGUUUUUUCUCCUCCAUCAAACACAAGUGAGUGCGAUCACGCAACGCGGUGAAGUGGUGCUCAAGUCAAGCUGGGUGGAGGUGGUGAGUGCGACUAGUGACAUGGUGAAGUGGUGCUCAGGUCAAGCUGGGUGGAGGUGGUGAGUGCGACUAGUGACAUGGUGAAGUGGUGCUCAGGUCAAGCUGGGUGGAGGUGGUGAGUGCGACUAGUGACAUGGUGAAGUGGUGCUCAGGUCAGGCUGGGUUGAGGUGGUGAUCACACUCGCAACAGAAAAUCGUGUCUCUCGCCGGCACCGAGUGGAAUCCGACACACUCCACCCACACCUGCAGCAGUGGAGGCCUGGAAUCUGACACGCUACACCUACACCUGCAGGGCCACAAAGGCUGCGCACAUAGUUAAUGGAAUUUUACACUGAAGCACUUCCAACCCCUAUAUGCUCAUGUUUCAGCCCCGCUGGUUUGGAAGAAACUGCUGUGCAGUCUUGCUGUCGGAGUUCAUGACCCAAAAAUCUGUACAGCAUUGUCUUGUGUUUUCUUUGAAGAAAUAGUUUGGGGAAUACAGUUAUCCACUUUCCUUUAUUUGACACCAUUUGUCUGUUACAUACAUCAAAGUCACAUCUGAUCUGGUCUCUGUUCUACAAGCUUCGGUAACUGUUACGUUUCUGAAGCCUCAUCGCUAGCGGUGAGGCCGAUGUAUGAAGGAUAAACUUUUAUUUAAAAAAAAGAAAAGAAGAACAAAGGAGGAAGGCAGCAUAUAUGGCCUAAGCCUCUCAUCCAGGUGAAGAGGUGUGGUUCCUUUGCUGUCUUCCCUGCCUCAGGUGUGAUCAUGUAAUCUGAUGGUACAUGUUGUUCCCUUGUUUUGUAUCUUCAAGCCUAAUGUACCACCUCCUGGCUGUAGCCUUAUAUAUUAAAGACAAGUAUGAGAGUAGUACUGAUCUUAACAUUAAUUAAGCACAAUUCUUUAAAUAGUACUUUAAACUAAACUCUAGUUUUACUUAAAGCAAAAAAGGAAGCAUCCAUCUUUUUGUUUGACAUUUUGCCAAAGUCUGUAAACGUUUAGGUGUGGUCAUUUUGAAAGCACACACAAUCUGUAGUCAUUUUAUAUUUAACAAUGUUUACAAAUGUUCAAGAUGCUGUACGGUCAGUCCUGUGAUAAUUUACUGGCAAAACAUGUAACGUUUAUGAGCAUCGUAAAAAAGGAGGAUAAUGAAAGAGAAUUUAGCUUGUGUGUAAUGUUGUCUGCUAAAAUAUAUCCUUCCUUCAUCCGCGAGAUCCCUCCUGAAAUAACACAGUAGAUGACAAAGAAGGGCAGAGUUGCGGUUCCAGCAUGUUUUGUUUCCUUUUGUUUGGAUCAUAUUUUUGAAAAUGUUUGAUUGGUCUGUGUAGAUAAAUCUUGUAACAAAUGUAAGUUUUAGUGCGUGUGUUGGACUGUAGCUCCAAGUAGUAUAGCGUUUGUC